AUGGACUUUGCUACAAGGUCGAACGAUGCCAUCGCUCGCUCAGUGGUCGGGCGAUGGUUCAAACUAGACGGCUCAGGCGUCAAAGGUGAACGCAAAGGUUCCAGAUUCUGGACGGAGGUUCGAGCCGGUAUCACUACCUUCUCGGCCAUGGUCUACAUUAUCAGUGUGAAUGCCAUCAUUCUGUCCCAAUCUGGCGGCAACUGCGUUUGCAAUGGUGGAGCGGAUGACCCGAUUUGCCUUACCAACACUGAGUAUGCACUCUGCAAGGACGAGGUCCGCCGCGACCUCAUUACCGCGACUGCUGGUGUUUCCGCCAUGUCCUCUUUCUUGAUGGGCCUCUUUGCCAACUUGCCGGUCACAUUGGCCCCCGGUAUGGGUCUGAAUGCUUACUUUGCCUUCUCGGUCGUCGGCUUCAACGGAACAGGCAGCAUUCCUUACAGCAAGGCUCUCGCUGCUGUGUUCCUCGAAGGAUGGCUUUUCGUAAUCUUGACCCUCCUCGGAAUCCGUCAAUGGCUCGCUCGUACCAUCCCUCGCUCGCUCACCCUUGCGACUGGAGCUGGGAUUGGUCUUUUUAUCGCUUUCAUUGGUCUCCUCCCUGCUGGAGGUAUUGGCGUCAUUGGUGGCGAUUAUGCCAAUAUGGUUGGAUUGGGUGGUUGCAAGGACCAAUAUCAGGAUCCUGAACACCCAUACUACUGUCUCUCGCAUGUCCUCCAGCGUCCAACCAUCUGGAUUGGCAUCUUCCUUGGUGGAUUCCUCACCGUACUCCUGAUGAUAUACCGCAUUCGUGGUGCGAUUCUGUGCGGUAUCAUCCUCGUCAGCAUCAUCUCCUGGCCUCGAUCGACUUCCGUUACCUACUUCCCUCAUACUCCUGCCGGAGACGCCAACUUUGACUUCUUCAAGAAAGUUGUCACCUUCCGGCCAAUCCAGCGCACGCUCAACGCCAUUGACUAUGAGUACUCGGACGGCAAGAUUUGGCUCGCCCUGAUUACGUUCCUCUAUGUCGAUAUCAUGGACACCACGGGUACUCUGUAUUCCAUGGCUCGGUUCGCCGGUGUCAUGAAUGAGCGCACUGCCGACUUCGAGAACAGCACCAUCGCUUACUGUAUCGAUGCUUUCUCCAUCUCCAUUGGUGCCCUUUUCGGUACUUCGCCUGUUACUGCAUUCAUUGAGAGCGCAACCGGUAUCUCUGAAGGUGGUAAGACGGGUCUCACCGCCAUUACCUCUGGAUUGUGCUUCUUCAUCUCCAUUUUCUUCGCCCCCAUCUUUGCCUCCAUUCCAGCGUGGGCGACCGGAGGUGCACUCGUCAUUUCUGGCUCGUUGAUGAUCCGGAACGUCGUUGAUAUCAACUGGAGCUACCUCGGCGAUGCAGUGCCGGCAUUCCUCACCCUUAUAAUCAUCCCCUUCAGCUUUAACAUCGCCUACGGUCUUAUCGCGGGCAUCUGCGCCAUGGUCAUCCUCAAGGGCGUCCCAUGGGUGAUCAGCAAGGCCACCGGCGGACGUAUUCAACCACCAAAUUACGAGGCUCGUGAGGAUUGGGGUUUCCCUAGUGGUGGACUCGCACCACAGUGGGCUAAAAAGCUAGCCAAGGGCGACAGGCGCUUCUGGGUUCCAGACGAGGACGAAAUUGCUCUCCCCCAUCACAAUAAAGAGACCGGGUCACCUCGCUCUGGUUCCCUCGACGAGAAGCACGAAGGUUCGGAGAAGGCUCCCCCUCAUCUCGUUCACGAGGCUCCUCCGGAGACGGAAGGACCCAACAAGCCAGUUACAUCCCCGGUCUAA